UGUGACCACUUCGGUGGUCGCGCAGUGAGCGCGUGCCAUUUCGCUGUGUAACGUCCGCGGGUGUAAAUUGCGUUACUAGUAGAAGAUCUGGGGAGUCUGCUUACUCAUUGUUUUUCUAUCUUGGGCAACUUAGUGGCGGUCAAAAUGGCACUUUUGUCUGGUCUUCUCCGCUGGCAUGAAAAUGCGGAAAAACGUCGCCGAGAAAAGAGCGGCUUCGUUCGCUUCCCUGGACUGCUUUUAAGACUAGAAACACCAGUAUCAGGAGGAUUAACAUUUUAUUUCAAUUCGACUGAACAGCUUGCUUAUCCCAAACCACCUGUCAAACUUAUUUUGUAACUACUUGUUUUCCAAUAAAUGAAAAGUAGGUCACGUGAUCUCCAUCUAUCAAUCGCUUCUCCUCCUCCUCCUCUUCCUCCUCCUCCUCCUCCUCCUCCUCCUCCAAAAGAAGCAACUGCGUGCCGUCCUCUUGCUACGGUAGGACUGCUCUCGUCGGGCUCGGUACUUUUUUCGACGCCGUCUUUGCUCGAGAUUUAUGUUGCUGCGAGGCACGUGCCGCACCGAAAUGACACGAGUACUUAAAUCUGAUCAUUAUACCGUAUAAUAUAGAUAUUUUGAUGUGGACUUUUUACAUCUAAUCACACAUAUUGUUUGUAGCGUUGGCGCCAUCUUCACUGUGAUAAACUAUUAAGUUUCCUACUUUUUCCUGAACCUACCUCCCUGAUGUCGAUUGUAAUGUUGAUGUCAUGUAUUCAAUCUUCUCAAAUUAGAUAUUCCAUGGAAGCGCGAACCACCAAACAAUCUUCAUGCUGAUGGGCUGACCGACAUUGAUAUUGAGGAAGACGAAGACACUCGCAAGGCUUCGAGUUUUGUCGUUCUUUCGACGGGGGUUGUGGAGCAGGUCAGCAAGGAGGUAUGCGAUAUAUAGAGAUAAAAUGAACAUGUGAAAAGAGAACCACAACCAGACAACUUCUUCGUUCUCCCGCAAGUACAAGUGUGGGUUUCGAAAUUAUUGUCUCGAAGAAGAUGAAGGCUCAGAAAGUUCUACAACUCCAUUUUUUAUGACCACUAUCUUUAUCUACUUCGAAGACUAUUAUGGGAUGAUCUUUUCAAGAACGACUACUAGUUUCCUUGAAAGUAAUGUCACUUCUUGUCUUUCAUUCUUCAGGCUGCGGCGGCUGAAAAGACAGUUUUAGUGAGCCGAGAACAACUGGGGAAACUACAAGAAGAACAGCGAGAGCAUCUGGAGAAAUGGUUCCAAGAGCUGAAAAAGCAUUCAGAUGAGGCAGACAAUGGACCUGAACGCCAAGGAGACGACCCGGACGCGGCGAGCGCAAGCGGCGAGGUGCCUCAUUUAUAAAGUUAGGAGAACCACUACCCCUUAUGAUAUAUUAUAAGUUUGAGUUUGACAAUGUUUCACAUGUUUGUUAAGUAGUACUUUUUGCCAUUGUCUUUCGUUCAUCUUCAGGCUGCUGAAGGAAUGCAACACACUUCCGGUUUGUCGCCAGGAGGCAUUGAAGAGCAGAUGCAGAAGCUGCAAGAAGCCGUUCAUGGGAUGGCGAGACUGCUACAUGCAGGCGGAAACUUGCAUGCAGUUGCAGGCCUUGAUGCGGUCCUAAGAAGACUAGAGGUAUCUUAUAAAGUCAGGAGAACCAUUCCGCCUUGUGAUAUUUUUCACAAACUACCCAGAUUAGUUGGAAGAUAUGCACACUUCGCAUCUUCAUUUGACCGCCUGCUUGUAAUAGCUUUGUUGUAAGGCACAACGAGUAAGUAGUAUGUGACAGUCGUUUCCUCGUAGAGAGUAUUCAAAACCGGCUGACACGAGAGAACAAAUUGAGCCAAUCCUCAUGCAAACCGCAUUCCACUGAAACGGAUGGACGAUUGUCCAGAUUUCAUCCAUCUAUCUCUUCCCAGCGAACGUUUAGGUUUUGGUUUAAGAAUCUAGGAUUCAGAGAAUAAGAGAUAAGAUUGAGCUAGAGCUCAUUUCAAACGCAAGUGCGUUGAUUAGUAUUAGCUAAGUGUUCACGCCGGAGGAGGGUAACACUGAGAGACUGAAGUCGAGAGACUAGACAUCUGUUAGCAUAGAGCUAGAGCUCUAAGAAUCUAUUCAGUUCUACCGAAGGACAUCAAGGACAAUUUCAACUGGGGUCUUGUAGACGAAAUGAAUUACCGGGGUAUCAAAUCACUAGACAUUACAGCAUUAUAAUUAUAUAAAAUAAAUAAAUAUAUAUAUGUAUAGAUAUAUAUAUUGUAAAUACCAAAACCUUGAGUCAUGAGUAGUUGAGAUAUCAGGUGACGAAACACUGGGUUGUAAACUAGAACGAUUUUCCACUAACUAACUCCUCCGGCUAUAUAAGUAAAAGUAACAAAGUUAUGUCUCUACCUACGAAGGCUCGAGCCUUAUUGCACUGAAGCAUGUACAAGAUUUUGCGAACUAUACGAGAAUCGCUCUUCACAGUUUCCGAACGGACGGAUAACCUUGUUUCUCUCUGUCGUCGAUUUCGGCUUCUGCUUAAUGAUAUCUCAAAAACGGUUUAUCACACGGCUACGACAUUGAAGGAGCAUAUCAGAGCACAUCGCAGCCACUCACGCGAUAUUCAGCACGAAUUACAUCAACUAAGGCAGGAGAUCCAACUACUCCGCCAUCAACUUACACCACCUGAAGUAGUGUUGGAAAUCCCAGACAUCCAACAUCUUCUGAAUCGACGCGAAGUAGAUCUUGAAGCAGGAUUGUGGCAGGACGAUGCAUCUCCUCCUGGAAACCUAUCACCUUGAAGACUAAGACUGAAGAAAAGCAUCCAUGUAUCGACUACUACGCACGGUACAGCAACAAAUAGUGGAGGUUCUUCAAACUCUACAAAGCAUUGCGGCUUCCAUCACGACGAUUUUUCAGCGGUCCGAAACAUCUCACGAAAUUAUCACCAGUGUCUCACGUACUACGGAUCACAUGGUCCAUCGAUUGGACGAAAUACAUCUUCACCUUCAGGAAUUUACUAGAAGACAAGGAGCAGUAGUAUCUUCACUCCAGACAGAAGUAACUUCACUUCGUGAGGAAAUUCGUUUGCUACGGAGUCAGUUAACACCACCCGAAACGUUUUUGGAGGACCCACAACUUGAGUUGCUUGAUCGCAGGCCGACAAUUGAUUUGGAGCUUGGUAUCACACAAGCGGAAGCACUGUUUUACGACAUUCAGACGUUCCACUACGAACCGACUUCGCCUGCUGAGUCAGCAUACACAGCUGGCUCCUAGACAUCGAGUACGUGUGAAGAAAGUGGAAGUAGAGCAUCGAUAGCGAAGCGGAGAUACAGUCUCCCUAUGGCUGAGGUACAUACCGAUGGGAACCGCUCACGCUAAAUUACGAUCGACGUCCGAAUCUCUAGGAGCUCUAGUUCAACGAGUGCCAGAGCUGAGUAGGGGCGAGUACGUACCAGGUCGAGACGUUAUUUUGUCAAUAUCCGCGCCACGUGCAGUUGUGAACCAGAUUCUUCGCGUUGUGAUACUAAACGAGCACUACGCCUUUUCGCAGACUGAAGGAACGACCUUUCAUCGCCUUCCGACAGACAUCGUCACUUUUCACAAUUUGUCAGACAACCUUCUAGUACGUCACUACGAGCAUUUGCGCAUCCUGGAUUACCUUGAUCAACAUAAUUUUGGACUUUCACUGGUAACAGUAGUGUCUCAGGACUACCAGCAGACACAUCAGAUUAUCACUUCAUCAGCUUGGACUGUUAUUUCCAGUGAGGUCUACGACGACGCCUCAAACGGAAACUUCUCUUGUCCUCACUGUGGUUGUAACACGUUUCGCGUUUCAACGGUCGCGGUAGCUGAAAGCCAUCAUCGAUAACUACGGAUUCAGUAGUUCCCGAGAAGAUAUAGCAGUAUAACAACGACUAGUCUGAAACCAAAAUGAAUAGGGAUAAUCCAUAUCACCAACAAUUGUCCCCCGGCACUAUGAACUAUCACAACCUAAUACCAGGAGUACCACUUCCACCACCACCAAUGGGGAAAGGUGGAAAGGGGCAGAAUCCACAAACGAUGCCACCGAACAGACUGCCCUCACAGCAGAUGGGGGAUCCUCUUGCAGCUACACCUGCUACACAGAAUGCAAGAAGAGUAGACAUGUUUACGCCUGUAGCUCCUUCCUCGAUGGAUCGUCGUACCCUGCAUCAACCGACAUCUAUUCCGCCUCUACAACAAGCAGGAGAUGAUGGACCACCACCGCACUGGAUAUGGAAGACUGGUGAUUACUACUUCCAUCAAAACCAAAAUCCCGAUGGAGCGUCGGGAGUACUGCUCAGGUCCAUCUACUUGAAAAAGAUAGGCGUCACACGAAUCUUCGCGGUCGAAACUCUUAUUGACCAGCAGGAUUUCGCGUUGCACUACGAACAACGCACAAACGAACUCGACCCUACAGUGAGGCUAUGCAUCUAUUUCCAACUUCAAACAUUUGAAAUCUCACACCACGAGUCGAAUUAUGCCCAGAAGUACAGGGAACCGAGAGGAAUUGGAGUGGAAGCAAAGGAUUUGGUUGCUGAACUUGAUCACUUUGAACUAGAUCGUCUAGAAGUCUUUGGGGAUCGUCGCACCAGCCAGAUGAGCACUUCUCCUGGGGUUCACUUGCCUCAAGUACUUUUAGGAGGUGCGCCAGACCCUAGACUUUCUACUUCAUCUACCACAUCGGGACAACAAGUUGUGACGACAACCAAAGUGCAAGAUGAAGCAGCGCUAGCGAAGAAGGUCGACUUGUUCAAAAAGGAGAUGAACGGGAGUAUUGACCUCUCUGAUCCUGCCCAGUACGACAAGAUGAUCUCCAAACUGCUCAACAGAUUUGCGGACGCAAAAAUCGAAACGUAUGGCGAAAAACUCAGAGCAUUAAAAGCGGUCGCAGUCGGGGCAACGGAGACGCAAAUGCGUCAAUAUACCUUACAAAAUCCCGAGAUCAGGAGCCUCAGUUUGGAUGAGAACAAAGCCAAACAACUGUGGACCAAUCUAGUAGAACGUGUACUACCAUCCGCGUUUGGAGUAACAACUACUGGGAGAUUUGAAGAUCCCUUAGGCCAAUACCGUCUUCUGCGUUGUAGUAGUGUUGAGGAGUUUGAAACCUUCUAUCAGAAGUGGACGGAUCUACGUCUAGAUGUCCUAGAAAAGGAAAAUCGCGAGGAACGCAAGGACUCCGAUCUUGGGUCGGAUCGACGUGCACUUCAGGACUUCUUAGACAAACUACCACGCGUCCUUCGAGACCACGUUUCUUCUCAGCAAGUGUCGUGCGAGCAAGUUGAUCCACCACUAUACACAGUAGAAGAACUACGAAUAAAUCCACUACUGGAUAGAAGUGCGGUCAGCGCCUGCCGUCGUUACAUCGCGAACAAUGGCAUCAAAGUUAAUCGGAAGAUUGCGAAUUCAAGAAAGGAUCCAGUUGCCUCGAUUUUAACUCAUGACGCAGACCCAGUAGCUGCAAGUCCGCAGGCACAACUUUGGUGCUACAGGUGUAACGGAGCGGGGCAUCUUCAAUCGAAUUGUCCGAAUCAAGUAGUAGGGAAAGAGGACGCCGACUCCAUCAUUCACAACGGAAUGUCAUGCAACUUCUGGCUUGGGGAAUUACAGUGCUACUGCAAUGGUCGUGGCCAUCUGGCGAAGCAUCAUGCUGAAUUGAAGAAGAAACAAGGAGGACAAAGUACAACGAAAGGAAAAGGAAAAUCCAAAGGUUUCUCAUCAUCAAAAGGGAACAAAGGCAAGAAAGGCUCUUUUGGAACGAAAGGCAAGAAAGGUAGUGGUGGUGCCAGUUACGUCAACAACAAAGGAAAGGGUAGAAAAGGUCAACAAGUUGCAGCGAUCACAGCAUCUGAAGCAGCACAAAACUAUGACGGACAGGACGGCGAGGAGCAUGAUUCUGGCUGGUGGGAACCGUCUUGGCUGGAAGAUGACGUAAACUACUUUGCUGCGAUCCAGGCAUACGACGAAUGGGGAAACGCUGUCUACGACAGUGGCUACGAUGGAAGUGCGGCGUAUGAUCUCACCAAUUGGGGGCACGAGUCGUGGAAUGAUCAUUCCUGGAUGCAAUACCAGGACCAACAUCAGAAUCCGACGGCAGCAAUUUCCGUACCACAGAACGACUCUACUACAUCUUCUCAACAGACGCCGACCCCCGAAGCAACUUCUGGUCAGAAUCAAACAUCAGGAAAUACAGCUGGCGCACUGCAGCAACCUUCGGCGCAUGUCCUUGCGGCUAUUACUGGCCCGUCAGAUGAAGAUAUCCUCCAACAAUUUUAUAAUGGAGUCAACGAAGUAGGAGCAAUAGUAGACCAAAGUGAUGACCAGGAAUCAUCUGAUGAGGAUAUUCUCAAGCAGUUCUUAGAUGACAAUCACCCGGAUCAACCAUUGGGAAUUGCGGCGGUCCCGGACGCUAUGGUUGAAGACCUUCAAUUUGCGCGAUACGAUAAGGAACGCAUUGAUCAUGAACUCUUCAGUCAGGAACAGCAACAAAUUCAACCCACCUUGUGCGUUGGACGAUUUUCGAACUUGAUCUGCAAGAUGGACUCGUUUUGCCCACCGGGCGUUGUCGCAGCGAGUCCACAAGCCGAACUAGAUCCGCAAGGUGAGGAUUACACCUUUGUUCCGCAUGCUACGUACAGAGCGGAUUAUCGAGUCUGCGGGAUUAAAAUCCCUGGACAUCCAGACCCAGGAUCCGCGAAGAAUCUCAUCAAGUCUUCAUUUUGUGAAGCAAUCAGAGCUAAGGACAAGUCGAAGAUCGAACACGAAUGGGGAGUUGAUGUGCCAUUAAUGUCUUUUGCCAAGGAUGCCAAGAAAGUGGAGAAAGCAAUUAUCCUGAAUUUCGACGCGGUUGCGGAUUGCGGUCGUUUUAUCACUUUGCGAUUUGUUUUCCUCGUUUUUCCGUUGCUGUUUUGUCUGCUACUUAUUGGAUGGCCGUGCCUAGGUUCGAUACGCUGGAGUCCGUUUUAUCAGCCAGAUGAAGCACUAGGCUCUUGGAAGCACGGAGGAACAUACUAUGGCAUCCGUGAUCUCUACUGCUCCCACAACGACAACACCAAUCAUGAAGAUGAACUACCUUCGGAAUUCGAUUUACUACGCUGGGCGAAAGUGCACGAACGAGAGGAUAUUCCUAUUUCUGCCAUCUCCGAUCCUCAAUCAUACAGGAAGUUAGCCAAAGCAAAGUUCCAAGGUGAUUGGGCAGCACUAGAAGCAGCAAUCAAGAAGAAGGAUGAGGAAAGAGCCAAGGCACGCGAGGGACGCCUUGAUCAGAAUUCAGAAGAGUACAAACAACGUCUUAGAAGUCACAUCGACGCGAACUACACACACCUAUCGCCGCGUGUUAGAGCGCACCUCAACGACACCAUCUCACAAUUCUCUGACAUUUGCUGGCUACCUGGACAACCGCUGCGGCUCGUAGAUUUUCCACCACUAUCAGUAGAACUUGACGAGAAAAAAGUUCAGAGUACGAAAGGCUUGUUCGGUCCUGAAUAUGAUUUGGAUUCCUGGGACAAGAAAAUCUUGGAGGCGCAUAUUCGGUGGUUCAAGGAGGAUGGUCAGUUGUACGAACGUAAUGCUAGAAGUAGGUUUCGUGCUGCUGCGUUCGUUCAUCAUUCAGAACCAAAAGGCAUCUUGGCAAGACCCAUCUUCUCAUACGUCAAGGCCAACAGUGUAGUAGUGAAAAGACAGUGGUCACAGGCAAAUACGGAACACAUGCUCCGUGAAGCGGCACAGGCAUUAGUGCACUCGAUGAUGGAUUUUCCGUCUGGAUUUCACUUGAUGGAAUUGGAUGACACGGCGCAAGAGGUUCAUACUAUUGGGUUUAAUCGCCAAUUGUUGUCCCCUACGGUUGCUGGAUUCGGAGCAGCAACGUUUCCAUGGGAAUUUCAGCAACGAGUGGACGUCACACUACGGGAGGAUCAAAAGUCGAAAGCUUAUCUUGACGAUGUUCACACAGGUACAGGACAAGCACCAGCUCACGCCAUCACUGAGGACUACAUCACGGACGAGAUGCGCAUCGAACACAUCAACCACUUGAAGAAUGUGACACUUCCUGCACUACGUGCCAAGAAUUGGCUUAUUAGUUUGCCGAAGUGUCAGUUUGUUGCGAACAAAGCUCCACUGUUGGGCUAUGAGGUAGGACUCGGCGGCUGGAAUGUUACUAACAGGAAGAAGGAUCUCAUCAACAACUUGCGGGAACCUCAGACCAUUGCGGACGUAGUGUCCUAUCGUUGCCUAGUCAAUUGGUUGGGGAAACGCAUUGCGUUUUUUGCUCCGUUGUCGUUCCAUUUGAAUAAGUAUUCGCGUAAAGGAGCUAAAUUCGAGGAUUUUGUCGGAGAUGAAAAGGCACAAGGGGCGAUCAAGUGGACAAGGAAACUGCUUUCAACCAUUAGUUUCCAACCUCCCACCGGUGAGGGCGAGCUAGCAAACUACGUCGAUGCAUCAGACUACGGAUGGGGAUACGUACUAGUAGAAGAGUACCCUGGAACUAGUAAAGAUGCGCGGAUUUGUGACGUUGGGCAUGGCACCUUUAGCGACUCUGAAUUGUACUGGACGGUUACGGAGAAGGAGAGUUAUGCAGCGAAGCAAGCUAUCGAGGGUACUCGAGUCUUGGUUAAUGGUAGAAGAUGCAGACUUCUUACUGAUCAUCAAGCAAAUACCUUCCUGCUUGAUUUGAAAAACCGUAGAGUGUUACGCAAGCACAUCUCUUGGGCCAUCCACUGUGAUGAAAUCGGACCAAACUACGAACGCUGCUACAUCGAAGGGGAUAACAAUGGAGGCGCGGACUUUAUGUCGCGGUAUCCUGCUGUGGGACGAGAUGACUCACCUAACAUCCUGCACUCUCUAUCUCCGGUUCGACGAGCAAUGCUACGCUUCUUUGGGUUUAAACUAACCGAUGCGGAGGCGGAUGAAUUAGCUCGACUCAUCCCGAAGCGUGAUGAUAAAACAGCGAAAAGAGGUGUUUACGCUAGGAAGCGGGAGGAUAGCUCUGUUGUUACAGUACCAGAAGCGGUUGCAGCAGUCAACGAAACUAGUACAUUGACCACGGCUAGGUAUGAACAACUUCUGGUUCAGGAUACGUUUGAAGUACUACUGGAACAACAACGCUGCGGUUUUGUUAGUUGUGCGCGAGCUGAUGAUGUUUUUCCACCGGUUCAUGACGUUUCUGUUGGUUUUGAGAGGGAGGUGGUUGCACCGGUGAAGAGUGCCAAAUCUCAUAGAAUUUCAGCGCAGGAUAAACUCCCGAAGAAGUCGAAAAAGGCGACGCGUGCCUACUUGUACUUCAAAAAUGAUGGUAGUAAUACUACUACUUACCAUGUCAAGUACACACAGGAAGUAGUGUCUGCAAAUGGUCAUCCAAGACAGAAUGCUUACUUCUCAGGACAAGCGUUGGGAGGAUUACGAGCACUAUUUUACGCAGGACAAGCACUUAAGCGUGUGCGUUCAUUUGAGGAGGAAAGGAACAAUUUUGACAAGUUGUUGCGGGAGGAAAGACGGCGCUGUGUGAAUUUUCUCUGGUAUGAUGACGAUUACGAGCAAUUAGACGCAGAGUUUUUCACCAUGCUGGACGCGCUGGAUAGUAAUGAACAGGAUACUGAUACUUCUGCAAAUAGGAAGGUACGAACGAAGAACGCCACCUCGUCGAAGAAAGUUUCGUUUGCGGAUGAGAAGAAACAAACUUCUUCUUCUUCUUCAUCACCAACUACUCCUGUUGCUUUUGGUUCUGCUUGUUUGCCGUCGGCGAUGAAUACUACUAACACAACGAGCACGACUAGUCAACCCGGCCUUUGUGGUGAUACGGACGGGGAGCAAGCGGGUAAAAAGUCUUUAGUGUGGUCAGGUAAGCCUAAGGUACCUACGGAGACGGUUGAUACUACUACUUUACCACUCCAUCAGCAGACAUGGUUCCAACGACAAACAUCAGCUGCCUUAGAACAGGUGCAGGAGUUGUUCCAUGUCAAUUUGGAAAUACUUCGGGAAGAGCAGGAGAAGUACCUGUUGAACGCUACGGUGCUUGAGAAGUCGCAACACAUCAAAGAUGAACAGACAGGACUACAUUUUCGGAGAACCUUUGAUGAGCGCAGGGUUGAGUUUAGGUACCUUUUGUCGGUCCCUCCUACUAGCAGCCAACUCUCACCAUUGCUGCAUGCCGCUCAUCAGGACAUCACGCUAGGUCAACAUCGUGGAUCGGAUGCAACCUAUGAUCUAGUUCGUAACGUCGUCUUUGUGCGUGGACUCUCGAAGCUAGUACGGAAAUUCGUCAAGAAGUGUCAGGUGUGCAAGCAAGGCAAGAUUGGUAUUAACCCGGAGCCGGCAGGGACGUAUCGUACCGUCCCGGAUCUUUUUCAGGAUAUCCAGAUUGACUUUGUGGGACCAAUAGCACCAGAAUCAGAUGGGUUCAAGUAUAUCUUGACCAUGAGCUGUUCACACUCGGGGUUUUGCUGGUUUCGCUCUACGUCUGAUGCUACGGCGGAAACAGCUGCGAAAGGUCUACUUGAAGAUGUCAUCUUUGCAGUUGGCAGGCCGAAGGUGAUUCGUUCGGACAGAGGCACGCACUUUACAGCCGAAGUAACGCAGGCGUUAGCGAAAUUUACGAAUUCUACCUGGAGACUGGCAUCAGCGUAUAACCCCAGGACGCAGGGCAUCACGGAGCGCUCACAUCGCACCGCUUGGCAGACGAUUCGCAUCUACUUGGAGACGCUCUUCUUAGAUCAUGGACGUGCUCGUUUUACUAGAUGGUCCUCUCUCAUCAAACCGGCCCAAUGGGCCAUACGAGCAUCGCCGAGACUUCAACUUGGGUUGAUUUCUCCUUUUGAAUACGUCACGGGUAGGAGACCAGUGGAUUUUUCAGUAGCAGCAGGCGAAGCGCAAACAUCAGUAGAGAAGAUGAUGCUGGACAGACUCAAGAGGAUGUAUAACGUCUAUAGUCGCGUUCGUGACGAGAUGGCUGAGAAAGCGGAACAGGAAUCGAAACCAGUCGUGCGGUGGUCACCUAAUACGCGUUGUCUCAUCAAGUUAGCACCUAAUGAGCAAUUGAGAGACGUCCAUCAUAACCUCCAACUACCAUACGAGGCUGGAAAGGUCCUCGAGGACUAUGGCGAUGCUGCGCUGGUCGAGUUUGACAAAACGAAGGAGACGAAAAAGAUCAAUAAGAGAAGGUUAAUUAAAUCAAGUGAUCUCUUGGAUUGAAAGAUAAAAUCAUCGGGAUCUAGAUCGUUUUGUAAGUUAAAAUACAUUUGAUCAAAUAUUGUCCGAAAAGGUGAAGUUCAUCCUUGAAUUUUAACUGAAGGAUCGGAGGCAAAGAAUUGAAAUGUCUUGCUCCUUUAAUGAGGUGUUUGGUGAUAAAAGGUUAUUGUUCCUUCUUGUUGCAUCUGCACUCUAUGCCUCAUAUUUUCCGCAUCAACCCGAGACACACAUAGAAAGUUUGAAAUGGAGUAAGCUCGGAAAUCAUAGGUUCCUUUUCCAUUAUAAUUGAAAUUUUGAAAAACAUGGAAGAGCACUCGGUUUGGUGCCAGGAAAUGUGCGAUCAUGGUAUGGGAGGAUGAAUGAACAGCAGAAUUGCAUUGUUUUGAUUGUUUAUUAAUGGUAAAUGAUUGCUGAACAUGUCAAUUUCCAUACAUUGAGUAGAAAAGAGGUUGCAUUUUAAGAGUAAGGUUGUUAUCAGAUGUUUGUAGGUCAAAAAACAGUUUCAUAUCAUAUCUUAUAGACGCAGGUUGGGUCAACAAGAGGGUGGUCAAGUUGAUGACUGUUGUCGAUUUUCAGGUAAGAGGGGGUGGAAGAAAAGUGUUUUCAUAAAUUUUCCAUAGAUAAGGGGCCUUGUGUUAAACAUAACAACAUUUUGAAGUUCGAAGUUUGGGUUACAAGGAUCACAUACUACUAAAUUGGAGAGUUGCUGGGUUUGAAUCAAGUAAUACAUACUAAGGAACUACUUCAGGGAAAUAGGUACUAGGUGUUGGUUUGUGUAACUAUUAGAUAAAAUUCAGAUGUUGUUUAAACGAGGAGCACAAUAUGCCGGCUACAUAUAAUCCCUCAGGGAAAACGUUCGAUGUUCUUUCCAUUAAGGUGAAGAAUCAAGUGUUUAUCGAAUAUCUAGGUAAACGAGGUGGAUUUUCGGUGCUCCCUAACACCCGGGGCCAGCCUAAGUAUUAUCUUAAGAAUAGUCGUAUAUACUACAAGUAUCUGGAAAACAGCUUCGUCCUCGUGCGGUGUGAUUCUCUCAUGUAUGAUUUGGCUCAGUAUUUAAUGAGUGAGAAAGUGCUGCCUCUCCAAAGAGUGACGGUGAAUCUUAGGGAUAGAGCAACGUCACGACGUCACGGUAAUAUUAUUUUGAAUCGUGUUCAUCUUGGUAACAUUUCCAUGAGACAGUGGUAUUUCUAUUUCUUCGAUCGCUGAGGCUAGUUGCGAGCGGUGAUCACUUCGUUGAAUUCUAGGUGUUAGGACUGAUUAGGUUUAGGACUAUUUGCAGUAUAUCAUGGAGUUGCCUAAGCUCUAUAUAGACCAGCCAUUCGAACUAAGGGACGUUAUUCUCGAUAACGAGGAUUUUCAGUGUUUUGUGGAACACAUAGGUGGGCGUGUAGUUGAUCGACGUGACGGUUGUCCUGGUACUGGUUUGUGGUAUUCUGGUGAAUUCUUUGAAGUUCGUUGCUCUGAAGUGAAGGAGGAUAAGAAAAACAUUUUUUGGCACCACGAACAACAAAUUUUUUUCAAGCCGGCUAAACUUUUCAUGACAACUAAGUUGUUUCACUAUCUCGAGGAAGUACUGAAAAAGGACACGGUGUUAGUUAAUAUUCGGAUCUCCUCGCUUGAGUUUGAUAGAGUCCUCAUAGCUGCCUCAGACGUGGAUCGAAUAGUCUUUGUAGGUAAGGUAGGUAGUUGAAGAUUUUCUGCCAGUUCCGAAGAUGGGGUCGCCGAAGACGGAUUUGUUCGAAGUCAUGGUUUUCCUAAUGAACAAGGAAAGCAUUGACAUCCUACGAAAGGAUAAGAGGAUUAAGGAAGUAGGUAAGACUAUUGUUGUUAAUCGUCAACGACAGAAGUGUCUCACCGUCAAAGGGGAUAAGCUUCCUCUGAUAGCGAACCUUGGAGACCCACCGGUCUGUAUAGGCUUUGAACCUAGAAAGCAGGUGCUGGAACUCAUCGAACUCAUUCAUACAUAUUUUGGGAUGGACAAAUUUAUGUUGGAAAUCCGAUAUCUAGGGGCCGAGCAGGAUGGUAUGAAUCAGCAACAGAGGGUCUGGAUUGAUUAUGAGGACAGACAUAACAUAGUUCUACCAUAGGUCAGACUAGUAUCUUUUCAAGUUUCGCUUAAGCAUAGGUUAUCGAGUUUUGGAAAGGCUAGGAAGACAUAUAUAUUUUGUUGUUUGAGUUGUCAAGUCACGAGUUCUAAGAGUAGUUCUGCAGGCAUACAAAAUGAAUCACAUGGACGUUGUGUUUUUUUACCCAAGGUCGCCUACAGGCUUCUUUAGUUGGCGGACAACUGGAGGUAGGCAUAAAAGCAGGGGAGGAAGUUUUGAUUGUCAAGCAACAGGUGGGCGCUUAUAGGUAAGCAGGAAUUUUUGCAUCAUAGAUAAUUAAUUGAUGAACAUUUGGAUAUUAAGUUAAGUCAGGAUUUAGAGUUUGUGUCGCAUGUUGCUGUUUUCUUUGCAUGUGAGAAGAAAUUACUAAUCAUCACCGAAUUUGAAACUUUUAGUUGCCCCACUGUGAUUUAGACGACUUUUUACUCCUCGCCUAUUCUUAUCAAGGAUGACAUUAAAAUUUCGAUUGUCAUUUUCCAACCUCUCACUCUGUUGUUAUUUAGUCCUUUUCUCUCUUGACUUAUAUCUUUCAGAGUAAUUCCUAAGAUCUUAUCCUCCUGUGCUGUCGUUAAGGGAGGAUGUGAUGAUAUCAUCAGAUGAAGGUAAUGCGGUUAUCACUCGAUUAACGUUCAGGUUUUGUGUCAGCCGUAUUUAGUAGAUAAGGAGGUUAACGACAUGUCACAGGGAGGAUGGUUGUUGUAAGGCACAACGAGUAAGUAGUAUGUGACAGUCGUUUCCUCGUAGAGAGUAUUCAAAACCGGCUGACACGAGAGAACAAAUUGAGCCAAUCCUCAUGCAAACCGCAUUCCACUGAAACGGAUGGACGAUUGUCCAGAUUUCAUCCAUCUAUCUCUUCCCAACGAACGUUUAGGUUUUGGUUUAAGAAUCUAGGAUUCAGAGUAUAGGAGAUAAGAUUGAGCUAGAGCUCAUUUCAAACGCAAGUGCGUUGAUUAGUAUUAGCUAAGUGUUCACGCCGGAGGAGGGUAACACUGAGAGACUGAAGUCGAGAGACUAGACAUCUGUUAGCAUAGAGCUAGAGCUCUAAGAAUCUAUUCAGUUCUACCGAAGGACAUCAAGGACAAUUUCACUGCGUACAACAAGAAAAAUACAACAGGUGGAAGAAGAUAUUAAGUCCUUCAAGGAUGAACGAUGAGUAUGAGUUUGAUCAUGUUUGUCAGAAACUCCUCAGAAUGAACUCCAUAUCCUCCCCCAUUCUUCAGGCUGCGAACGGUGCUGCGAGCUAUGACAGCACGGACGGCGCCACUUCGAGGAUAGCUAUUGUACCAAUUAAAUGGGAAGAUAACGCACCCGGGGCCAACUGGGAGUUCCCCUUUCUGCAAGUAAACAGCAGAAAAAGUAGUAGUAGCAAGGUGGCAGUACUAAAAACUGUUCAGUUCGUGCAAAUCCCAGAAGGAAAACUCUCUGCUUUGCUGCCUUGGCGCAGUUACUAUCGCGUCGCCUUCGACGGGAUGUCGAAGGUAGGUGCGCCUUGGCAUGGUGACUGGCCUUUACAGGCCAAAUUUUUGGUUGACGCCAAGCUUUUCGCUGCGAUAUGCCAGCAUGAGUACGACGCCUCGGUGUCUCUGGAAUCGGAUAAGACGAAUGAGCGCAUCAAGGGCGUAGGUCUAGGUGGUCAGGACGAUCGUUAUGGUAGAACAGCGCAUUGUUCGCUAUAACAAACUCAGGCGAGAGUCAUUCUGCUGGCGUCGGUACUUUCUGAGUCCUCGAGUCUUGGGGGCUGCGCAUCCUACACGAAGCGCGCGCUUUCAUAGCGCGUGGAGUCGAAUCAUUCUCAAAGCGCUAUCGAAUCUGAAUCGUUAUCUUCUUCGCAGACGUUUCAUAAUCGAUUCGCAUUCCCACUUCGUUUCGAGUCUUUUCUUUUUCUCCUUCCCUUCCCUCCUCUCUCUCUUCUAUUGAUUCGGGAGCUCUCCACACUCGCCUACAGGCGGCAUCAAUUUUCUUUGCUUCGCGCUCAGAUUCAUGCGUCACACUCAGACUUCUGUAUCCUUCAUCUUCGCGCGAUCUGAUGCCGCUAGUAGGCUAGUCUGGAAGGCUGACCUACCAGCGAGAUAGCUCUCGCCUCGGUGGCCGCGCCUGUGGUCUCGCUCUCAAUAUGCCACAGUUCUGGUGGAAUGCGGUCAUCGAAGACAAAACGAAGCUCGAAGAGCUGUUCGGCCAGGCCGAUGCUUUUCAAACGCAGAUUCGGGAUGGCGACAAGAGUGUCAGCAUCGAAUCGAUCACACCGUGCAACGGCGACUACAAGGGGAGGGAGGAGCCGUGUAGAUUAGUCGAUCGCAAAAUUGGGGAAACGAUUGUAGCAGACAUGAGCAGCCGCCUGGGGUUGGACAAAAUGAUCAACAGCGAAACUCCCAAAACUCCCGAACCCCGUGGCUACAAAGUGGAAUGUGCCGCACAGCAGAAUGUCGGGUCCAGCAGCCGCGCGGUGUUUCGCAAGGUAUUCGUUGAGUUCUGGUUGAGGAAAUUGGCAUGAAGGCACGCAUAGGUAACCAGACUGAUUUUUCUUGAAGAACUCUACUACGUCAUCUACAUAAUGACCAACACGGUCGACCUUGUACACGCCUACAAUUUUGCGAUGCGUAAGCGUAGGUGUGGAGGAUGAAUUGUUGACACUACGGAUUCUGAGGAUUACAGCACCAACAAACAUGAAUAUUUUUGUGCCUUGUACCAUUUUAAGCCGAUGUAUGACGAAAAACAAGAAAAAGAUGGGGAUGCUGACAUUAUCACGAUUCUUUAGACUUCUACACCCAGACGCUGGAUGCCAAAAGUAAUCGCACAUGUCUAUCUUCUUGUCCUCGGCGGUAGCUGAU